UAUGUAAAUUUUUUUAAAUAGUCACUGACUUGUAACGUUUUAAUCACUGUUAUCGCGUACCGGUCGGAGCAGAAAUUACUAACGGUCUCCGUUUAGCCGGUCUGUCCAAGAAAAGGGUUUCUGUUGCUUUCGCUGGUACAGUUUGCGCAAAACAGGCUUUGGUAUAACAGUAAGUAUCACGCAACAUACAGCCUGAUUUAACGAUUUCUUGUUUUCUGGAUGGAAUGUGGAUCUGUCUCGAUUGAACGACCUACUGAGUAAAACAGUUUGAUAUGAAAUCUCUCUUUUCUGUGAAAUAUCGAUUUCGAUGUCGAUGCUACAGUGUUAGGAAAGGUUGCGAGAAAUCGUUUGCAGUCAUUUCUUUGGUUAAAUUAGAGACAGCAGACGAUUCUUUAAAAUUAUAGCUAAAUCAAUUAGUGUUUAUGGCUUCGCAUCACUUGUUUACAACGAGAUUUCAGGUACAAGUCAGAUAUCCUUAUCACACUUAGCAAAAGCUAAAGUAACAGGCUGAGUCUCUUGCGAAAUCAUUAACAGCUUCGUAAUAAACGUUUCCUCUUGAAUUCUGGAAGCACGCACGUAGUUGAAACUUUAGAAGUCACUUAGGAAGUAUAAAACAGUGUCGUCAUUUAAAGAAUAUUGACUAACGUAUACCACUCACUUAGCUUUGAAACAGUAACAUCGCGAUUUUUAGAAGUGACAUUAAUUAAGUUGUAUGGAGCAGGUACAUUUUUGUACCCGAACAGCUGGUUAACUUUUCAUAAAAUUUUAUUCAAUGUCUCAUCGUUUAAAUAACCCGAAUUAUUUAAAUUGCUAAUUUGCUAGCUUUUGUUUAAAUCAACAAGUCGAUUCAGCCGCAUGUUUGCGUUGUUAGAGCAAAAAGCAGACUUUGUCAUAUCUCCCUUACAUAGAUAUUUAACUGACAGCUUUCACUAAGAAAGAUAACAUUUAGAGUGAAGUGUGGCAAAUUAGGGAAGUUCCAGUUUGACGCUGAUACUUAUGUGUGACCAAGCGAUGAAAAAUAGUCACACAUCUGCGUGCUAGACAAUAAGAAACCGAUACAACAUAGCACAAUAGUUCACUUCUCGAAUCAUGAAGGAGCUAACACAAGGCUGAAUUUUCUGUUUGAAAACUUCAACCAAAAUUGACCAAGUUCCAUAUCUGCAAACCUUUUUAGUGUUAGUGUUAUUCAUCCUAAGCCAUCCGUUUUUCCUCCUUCGCGUUUGCCCACACUAAAAAAAUUAUCGAUUCAAGGCCUUGCUUCUUUUGAAGGAAAUUAUUUCUAUACAGCAAAGACCGAUCUUACGUAUCGUGACCUGCCGCUUAAUAGCCAAAAAGAGGCGACGAAUUUGCGCCAUUUGGUGGUUUACCACUUUAUUUUCUUGCGUGACAGGCAAAACAUUUGCUGAAAAACUUCCUUGAUGAGAAGGUUUGCAUGCUAUCUCCUUGGCAGCGAAGUUUCCUUGUUUUGUUUUUUCCUCAAACUUUCGCGAUGAAUACAUUACACGCCGCGGAUCGUUAAGUCGUAUGACCAAUUAUUAUUAGUUAAGCAGUAGACCGCACCUUCAAUCGGUUUACCGGCGCAAUGUUGGGAGAACAUGAGAAGAUUUUCUAAAUCAGGAAAGGUGAAUGCUAAUUCAUCUUUUCGAGUGUUCUCCCAACAUGCUGCAGGUUAUAACGCCAGUAAACCGAUAGAAAAAUAAACCUUUAAAAUAACCUUAAUUUUCAAUGGGUUUACCGGUACAAUAAACGAUAGGUUUUUGAUCAAUCAGGGUGUUCGUAGUUUCUCUCAGUUAUUUUAUCACGUGAAUGAUUGUGGAGGGAACUUUCUCAAUGCAGCAUCUUUAUUUUGCUAUAUAAUUUUUUGAAUUGAUGUAAUGACUUUUUUUGUUCCUCUUGUCAAUUUAGCUUUGAACACACAACAGAUUAAGAACUGGAUCAUCAUGGAAACGCUUGACAGUCUCAUGAUAGUAGUCUGUGUUAUUGCACUCAUCAUUUUGUUGUCGUUGAUCGCCUACACGUGGGUAAAGUGGCAUAAGCAAGAAGCCCAAGCACAAAUGCAAAUCAUCAACCAGCCACCCCCACCUGCAUUUGAGGUCGCAAAGCACCAAUCCUACCCCCCUCAAGGGCAUUUCCAGCAUGGUUACCUGAACGAGGCGGGUAAAGAAAGUCCAAAUCUGAGCGGCUCCCGGACAUUUCUAAACGAUGACGUGUUGAAGCAAAAGCCUUAUACCAAGGGUGGACGCGCACCUGAGUUUCAAAGCGAUAAAGUUGUAUACCAUGCGAUUUCUGAGAAAAAUCCUGACACACUUCAAGUUGGUGAUGUAGUGUUCCAUGCCAAAGGACCUACCGCUGAAAACGGAACGGCUGAUGGUGUAGACGCAGGUCACGUGGUAUUCAACACAGAGGACGAAAGCGUACGAACAAGACGGGCCUCGUCGCAUAGCAAAAACACUUACUUGUAAGGAAAUUAUGCUUACGACUGCAGUUUGUGAUCAGAGUCAAUAUCUGAACAACUGCGCUCUUACCCCUCCCCUAACUCAACAACAGUCAACUGAUAACAAGUCAAUUUUAAUGUUGGUUUAGGGGAGGGGUAGGUACGUAGUAGCUCAGAUACUGACAUUGAUAUGUAAUUUAGUUAAAAAUUAUUUUUACAAAACUUUUGUCAUAUAUUCUGAUUAAAAGGUUGUUCUUGCCUAAAGGCAAGGACGUGUAUAGCGUCUGAUGCCAUUUUAGAGGUUAUUUUAGUGGAACGUACAUUACAUACACUUAAGGUUGUCAAACCAUAAUUUGCACGUGUCAGCGCAAUCUUGAGUUUUACCAGCAGUAACCUUGCGAUUCUAUCAACUUGACAUGCAGAUUUUUGACGAGUGGACCUUGGUCUACGAAAUGCACUGCACUGAAAUUAGCCAUAACCAUUAAUAGAAGGAAACACCUCGGAUCAAGGUUCAAUAG